AUGAUUGAACGCCUUCACUUGCUCGAGGCGGACUAUUUCGAUUUGGAGUUUGUCAAUGAUGAUGGGAUGCGGUGUUGGCUUGAUCAUGAAAAACCGAUUGUGCGACAACUGAGUCCCGGGAAAGAUUUGAUUUUCCGUUUCGGUGUGAAAUUCUAUACUCCGCAUCCGAACCUGUUGGAAGAAGAGUUCACCAGGUAUUUGUUCGCAUUGCAAAUCAAACGUGAUUUGGUCAGUGGAACGCUGCUGUGCAGCGAGAACACAGCAGCCCUUCUUGCUUCAUACAUUGUUCAAGCUGAAAUCGGAGACUUUAUCGAGGACGAGUAUCGAUCCAUCGAUUAUCUAAGGUCCCUCAAACUUUUACACGAACCGACCGAGGUACGGCUUCGACGAAUCAUGGAAUUUCACAAGGCUCACAUGUAA